AUGUACCCAUUUUUCAAGCAAACACAGUGUCUUCACUCCUCACUUUCUCAUUGUUCCAUUCUCCUAGACCACUCUUUAUCUUAUAGAUCCUCUAAUUUUCUCAAAACCCUCCAUGCCCACUUCCUCAAAUUGGGUCUUAAUAGCUAUACAUAUUUGGGUAAUCGCUGUAUCGAUCUUUAUACUGAGUUUGGCCACAUUAAUGAUGCCUUAAAGGUGUUUGAGGAUAUUUCUUAUAAGAACUCCACUUCCUGGAACAUUUGCUUGAAAGGGUUGUUUAAAAGUGGCCAAUUUGACAAUGCCUGCCACAUGUUUGAUAGAAUGCCCGUUAGAGAUGCUGUUAGUUGGAACACUAUGAUUUCGGGUUAUGCUUCUUGUGCGUUUUCUCGUCAUGCUUUGGAGCUUUUUGUUAAAAUGCAAGAGAUUGGUGUGAGACCGAGUGUGUUCACUUUCUCAAUUUUAACAUCCGUUGUGUCGAGUCCUUUUCAUGCUAAGGAGGUUCAUGCUAGGAUGAUUAGAAGUUGGAUGAAUUUGUCUAAUGUGGUGAUUGGAAAUUCGUUGGUAACUAUGUAUGGGAAGUUUGGUCUUGUUGAUUAUUCUUUUGGCGUGAUUUUUAGUAUGAAGCAGCUUGAUGUUAUAUCUUGGAAUUCGUUGAUAUGGGCUUGUCAUAGAGCUGGGCGCCAAGAGCUUGCUCUAGAGCAGUUCUGUUGCAUGAGAGCUGCUGAGUUGUUACCUGAUGAGUUUACGUGUUCAACAUUGAUGAGUGUCUGUUCCAGCUUGCGAGAUUUGGAAAAGGGUAAGCAAGUUUUUGCCUUUUGUUUCAAGGUGGGAUUUGUUUAUAAUAGCAUUGUGUCAGGUGCUGCUAUUGACCUCUUUUCCAAAUGCAACAGAUUGGAGGAUGCAGUGCGGUACUUUAAAGAACAUGAACAAUGGGAUUCGGCUCUAUGCAAUUCCAUGAUUUCAUGUUAUGCCAGACAUGGUUUGGGGGAAGAUGCUCUUCAGCUCUUUGUGCUGACCUUGAGGAAGAAUAUCAGACCAACGGAAUAUACCAUUAGCUGUCUUCUGAGUUCUGUUUCUAUUUUCUUGCCAGUAGAACUUGGUAAUCAAAUACAUGCUUUGGUUCCUAAGUUGGGUUUCGAGUCAGAUGCAGUUGUUGCCAAUUCACUUGUUGAUAUGUAUGCUAAAUUUGGAUUUAUUGAUGAUGCCUUGAAUAUCUUCAAUGAAAUAAAAGCAAAAGAUUUGGUAUCAUGGAACACUAUAAUGAUGGGACUGUCUUACAAUGGCAGAGUGUCUGUGACCUUGGAUCUCUUCAAGGAGUUGAUAAGAGAAGGAAUGCAACCUGAUCGAUUAACAUUUACGGCAGUUCUACUAGCAUGCAACUAUGGAAGUUUGGUUGAUGAAGGAAUUAGGAUAUUUUCUCUAAUGGAAAUGGAAUUUGGAGUAAAACCCGAGGAAGAACAUUAUUCAUAUGUUGUAGAGAUUUUAUGUAGAGCUGGUAAAGUCAAAGAAGCCAUUGACAUUGUGGAAAAAAUGUCAUGUGGAACCACCCCUGACAUUUGGAGGUCAUUUAUUUCUGCGUGUGCAAGAUAUGGAGACUUGCAAGCUACUGAAAUAGUUGCAACAAGAAUAAUGGAGAGGUCACCACAGACAUCCUUACCGUACUUGGUGUUGGCUCAGGUAUAUCAGAUGAGUGGCCGCUGGGAGAGCACAGUUCGAGUGAGGAAGGCUAUGAAAAAUAGAGGUAGUAAAGAGCUCAUUGGAUACAGUUGGGUGGGAAUAAAAAACCAUGUAUAUACUUUUGGAUCAAACCAAUUACAGCAUUAUGGUGGCAAAGAUAUUUAUAUGCUACUGAAUUUACUGGUCUGGGAGAUGGAGACUGAUUGUAAUGUCUAA